CUCAGUCCAAACUGGAAUCAAUCGACCAUUCUCGCUCUUACUUCCCACCACCUUCGUCGUCUUGAAGAAGAAGAAGAAGAAGAGCGAAGAUCGUCUGAAUAAUGGCAUUGGCAUCAGCCUCUGCAACGAGCAGGACUUCCAUACUAUCUUCCCACGCGAGGACGCCCCUCAAUAUUGUUGCUCCUCCGCCAUCGCCGAAGCUUCAAAAGCUUCGGGCUUUUCACCCUUUCCCCACUUCUGGCCUUCACUGCAAUUCCUUCUCUCUGUCACAGCAAGCUCGGCUUUCUUCGAGCCCUUGUGCUUCACCGUCCAUAGCCAACUCUCCAAUCCCAGGUGUCAAAGUUCCUGAGAGUACCGCUGAUACCUGGGUAGAAUUCGCCAGAAACAUAUCUGGUGAGUGGGAUGGGUUCGGGGCGGACUUCUCCAGCGAAGGGAAGCCAAUUGAGCUUCCUGAGUCGGUUGUGCCCGAAGCUUACAGGGAGUGGGAGGUGAAAGUGUUUGAUUGGCAGACUCAGUGCCCUACUCUUGCAAAUGCUGAAGAACGUGUUCUUAAUUACAAGGUGAUUAAGUUGCUUCCCACCGUGGGAUGUGAAGCCGAUGCAGCCACACGCUAUAGCAUCGAUGAGAGAUGUGUUGGAGAAGCAGAAGGCAUAGCUUCUGCAUUUGCCUAUCAAUCUAGCGGCUGUUAUGUUUCUGUUUGGCCAAUGGAAGACAAGGUCACGGAUAAGAUGUUGGAGGUGGAGUUUUGUUUGAUUAAUCCCCAAGACCGGGAGUCCCGUGUGAGGAUAACUCAGGUCAUACAUGUGUCCAACAACAAGGUUCUGCUUAAAGGUGUUAGGGUUUUUUGCGAGCAAUGGUAUGGGCCAUUUAAAAACGGUGACCAACUGGGGGGAUGUUCUAUCCGCGAUUCUGCUUUUGCAUCUACUCCUGCCAUGCCGGCUUCUAAUGUUGUCGGUGUUUGGCAGGGCCCCACUUCUACGGCAAAUUUCCACAGUUCUCAAGAUAAACUCAUGGAACUUAUGGAAGUUGGUGUACAAAGAUUGGUGAGAGACGAUAGCAAGCUGGUGUUGCUUCCAAAACAAUUGUGGUGUUCACUUAGAGAAAGAGAAAAUGGUGAAACGUGUAGUGAGGCUGGAUGGCUGUUUGAUAAUGGGCGUGCUAUCACAUCAAGAUGCAUAUUAUCAAGUGAAGCAGAAGCAAAGGAGAUCUCGAUAGCACUUGAAACCGCAUCAUUUGGAUAACGUAUAAAGAGCACACAAGCUUCAUGAAUGGAGAACCCGUUAUCGUGUUGAGAAGGAAAUCAGCCAUUUGAAUGAGAGAUGUACCCGUCAUGCAGGGAUGCGAUAGAUUACAUCUGCUCAUGCUGUUUGCAAGGACAUGUUAGCUCUUAAAUUAUGUCUUGUGUUGCUUUCCGUAUGAACACCAGCACUCGGCAGCAAUAAUUUUGCAAUAAAAGUAGACUACAGCGAUGGUUGUCAAAUUUACCAUGUAUCCAUAGCUAAUAAUGAAGUUGCUAGCCCUUGCUUGUCAUUAUGUGUUUUUUUCCCCUCAUCUGCUAGCACACUGUAAAUAAACAUAUUGGUCUUUCUUCCAUUCAUGGCCAGAUACAGCAAUGCAUUGAUAGCUCCGUACGUUUGUUAGGAUUUGUGACAAGUGAGAAACGGGAAGGCAAGAAUCUAAGGCCUUGUUGGAUGGGAACUUGUAUUGAGCAUUUGAGUCAUAAUGUCUCAUGCGAACCGUGGUUAAUCUGAUAGGCAAUUGGUUGAUGAACAAUGGCUGUUCCAUGUCAUCUUCAAUUAGCUUUGCUGAA